AAACAGGUGAAAUCGAAUGUAAACAUUUGCAAUAAGUUGUUACAGUAUCCUAAACCAGAAGCCGAGUAUCACACGUAGGAGUAGGCUAGUCAAUAAUCUUUACCAAGACUGACCCGAGGCAUCGGGUAUACAUAUAAAAUGAAUCUUCUCCGUUGUUUUGGCUGUUGCGCAUCGAAGCAGGAAAGUAAUGAGACGACUGAAUUCGGCAUGCUGGAUGGAGCAGGAGACGUGAGGGGCAAUUUUAAUGAGUUAGUGCUAGAAGGGAAUCGUAUGCCAAGACAUGUGACCGGAUCGGUCAGUUUGUGUGGAUGGGAGCAAACAGGAUGUGGGGUUGACGUGAUCGACUGGGAUGAAACCCCGUUUGAGAGGAGCUUUCAAAGCAAAUUGGCCCAGGCUAGACAAGGGGUCAUUGCUUUACGGUCUCAGUGUGUGGCAGAAACAGCAGAUAAUGUUUUGUCCACAAAGAUUAGACAGCAGUUUGCCAACAUAGACAAAGUGGAAGACAUCAUAAACGGGCAGAUAAAGAAAGCAGCUGUUAUGCGUGAACAAAUGCAGCAAACGAAGGCGAGAUUGAAACAGAGGCAAGACCUGAUGCAAGAGGGUCAGAACGGUAGUGGGCCUGACAGUGCAGAGGAAACUAGGCAAGAGUACAAAACUGUGGAAGAGAUGGAGUGGCAUCUUGAUAAAAUGGAAGAGAAGAUGUUUGCUGACAAAAGAAGACUCGAUGAAAUGCGAUUUGAGGAACAAGUCUUCCGAAUUUUUGAGAAUUCUUGUGAAUCGACAGCAAAUGUUGAGGCAAUGGAAGAGUUUGGCCCAACAGAAAAAGGCAACAUUGAAAAAGCCAUGAGUCCUGCACUGCUGCUGCUUAUCCUGACCCUCUUUGGUCAAUCUCAGCCUGCAAGAGGGGACUUGAUGAAGGUCUUUGUUGAUGUUGUGGACGCUCUAGGUGAUUAUGCCUAUUAUGACUACACUGAAGAGCCAGCGGCAGCGGCAUCUGAUUAUGACUUAAGCUGGUUGUCAGAUCUGCUCGACGAGAAUAGAGAUGAUUGUGAACCCAAUCCCUGUGAGAAUAAUGGUACCUGUGAAGUCAAGGCCAAUGGUGGCUACAAAUGCUUAUGUGUACCAACUUACAGGGGGAAACACUGCGAGAUAUACGUAAGUCCCUGUAAGAAGGGCAACUGUGGUCGUGGUGAGUGUGUGCUGAUUAAGACAGCUCCCUUCUACGAGUGCAAAUGUACAGCCCCGUUUCGACCCCCAGACUGCAGAAAAGCUGCAGCCUGCAAACAGAAUCCUUGCCUAAAUGGGGGAAGUUGCCAAAAGGGACGAACCAGAUCUCAGUUUACCUGCCUCUGCCCUCUUGGCUACAGUGGAAAGCUCUGCCAAGUCGGCCCAGACGACUGCUAUGAGGGAGAUGGACAAUCGUACCAGGGUUUUGUGAGUGAGACGAUGGACGGUCACGACUGUCUGCCCUGGAACUCUCACCUUAUGAGAGACGGCGGCUUUGAUCUGGACACUAUAAGUGGCCUGGGUCCUCACAGUUACUGCAGAAAUCCUGAUGGAGAGGACGCCCCCUGGUGCUUCAUCAAGAUAAAGAAGAUGUUAGACUGGAAUUUCUGCAAUGUGACUAGGUGCUCUGGAACCACAGCCUUACCCAUGGUACCGGUCACUCCUGAAAUCGUCAACCCUCUUGGCACCCAGGCUCCCUCCACGCAGCCAUUUGCCCAGUGUGGCAAGCCUCAGCCUAGUGCCAUGACCCCCAGGAUCUUCGGGGGCCACAAGGUGAUGCCGGCGACCCACCCCUGGCAGGUCUCGCUGCAGGUCAGGCGCAAGCGCAGCAGGGACGAGUUCGGACACACGUGCGGGGGGAUCCUCAUCGACUCGUGCUGGGUCCUCACAGCCGCCCACUGCAUUAACAGGAUGAUGGAGAUGCAGGUGGAGGUGGGUGGUAUCCAUAUUGAGAAGAAGGAGGACUCAGAACAGAUCAUCCCUGUGGAGGAUUUCAUAGUUCAUGAGAACUAUAAGGAGACUAAAGAGGCUCUGUUCAAUGACAUUGCUCUUCUGAGACUGAAGGGUCCGGAGGGCCAGUGUGCCAGAGAGACCAGGUUUGUGAAGACGGCCUGCCUGCCUAGUGGACCGCUACCAGACUCCUCUGAGUGCUACAUAUCAGGAUGGGGAGAGACAGAGACAGAGUAUUACAGUACGAGGCUCCUGGCAGCCAAGGUGCGUCUGAUUUCGCAGGAGCGCUGCACAGCUCCUCAGGUCUAUGGCGACAGGCUGGACGACAGCAUGAUCUGCGCUGGGAGAAUGCAAGGGGCAGUGGACACCUGUCAGGGUGACUCUGGGGGCCCUCUAGUCUGUCAGAAGGAUGGUGUCCACUAUGUUUAUGGUGUGGUCAGCUGGGGUGAUGCCUGCGGUUUGAAGAAUAAACCUGGAGUUUAUGCCCGCGUCACCAAGUUUGUUGACUGGAUCAACUCCAACAAGCAAAAGAUCAAAAUGUGAAUCAAAGUAUAUGUGAGAGAGUAAAAGAGACUAAACACAAUAACAAAGCUAAGAAGUGUGUGUGUGUGUGUGUGUGUGUGUGUGUGCUUGUGCGUGCGUGUGCAAUGCAUGUGUGCCUCCUUUGUCUCCUGUGUGUAUCCCAUGCAGGAAUCUUCAGAUGUAUCCAAGACAAAUGUUAAUAUUUUCUUAUAAUUCAAUGUACUAUAUGUGUAGUGCUGUCAAGCUUUUAACAAUUAAUUUGAAAUAAAAUAACAUUUUAAUUAAAGUGA